AUGGGUGCCUUCCAGCGAAAAAAAUUCCAGUCAUCUGCGGAUGCGAACAAAUUUGCGUCACGGUAUCGGGCGGCCAUGGCCAAGCAUCCGUUUCUGCUCUUCGGCCUGCCGUUCCUUGUGGUCAUGGUCGGCGGGUCGUUUGUCCUGACGCCGGCGACAGCGAUCCGGUACGAGCGACACGAUCGCAUGGUCCGGCAGCUGUCGCGUGAAGAGGAGCUGGGCAUUGGCAAGGGCGGGCGCAGGGCGGACAUGCGGGAGGAAUACUACAGACUCGCCCACAAGGACCUGGACAACUGGGAGCAGAAGCGGGUCAAGAGGCUCAAAGGCGAGAAUGACGGAGUGUUGUAG